UUUAUUAUUAUAUAUAUACAAUGGCAUCUACAACAGCACUUUUCUAUCAUCAUCAUACCCAAACAGCAUAUAACCCUCAUCAAAAUCAACAACAACAACAACAACAGCAUGACAAUAUACCCCUUUCUACGCAUGAAGACAAUACACCACCAGCAAUACAUCGCUGUGAUACUUGUGGCAAGACUUACAAAAGUUCCAACUGCCUUUUUAAACAUCAGUGGGAACACUCUACCCAAUGGGAACUUAUAUCUAAAUUUCCAUUAACAAAGCACCAACAAGUGCAAAUGUUAGAAGCUGCUUCUAUUCUUGUAAAUAUGAAGACUAUGUCGGGAAAAUUAUUUUAGAGAAAAUAAAUUCUUUUAUUAUUCA